AGGUAGCUAACUUUAAAAACCACGUUAAGCUCCGUUUUCAGGAGAUCAAAUAAUGGCGGUGAUUGAGAGUGAUUAUUUGGCAGAGGUUGUGUUGAAGGGGGCUGUGUUUGUGUUGGUGCAAGUAUUGGUUUAUGUCAUCCUUUCAACUUCAUCAAAUUUGUUCUCCAGAAACCGCAACAUCAUGAGGUCCUUCAGCUUCAAACCCGCUCCUUCAUCGACCAUCAACCGGAUCCUGGCUUCCAUCUCAGACUUGCCGCUAGGCGGUGAUCAGCCGCCGGCCUCGACGACCGAGCACUUUUCAUCAGCCAAAGAUCACCAUCAGCUGGUCUUCCCUGCAAAUUAUUAUAAUGACCAAUCUUCAGAUUAUAAUUGA